ACAGCGAACUGGUAGGUUGUGUCGCGGUCGCCCUGCUCUCGUCGCGCGUGUGUCUGUGCGUUCCGUGUGUGUGUGCGGCGAUUGAGCUAAAGUAAAUUGAAUUAAAGCCCCGAAAAUAAAGGCUAAACUGGCACCGACUCGGAUAUGUGCAAGUGAUUUCGGCGAGCGGUGAGCCACAAAGACGCCUCGCAGAUUAGAAAAUUCCAAUAGGAAGGCAAGGCCAAAAGUUCUGCAAAGCACGAGAGAGCGAGUGCGAGAGGGGUGCUGCGAGGAGAGAGCCAACAACAGAUAGCAAAACAGAGCACCAGGCAAAAGCCGUUAUAAUAGCAGCAGCGCUUUGUGAAUGUGUGUUGUUUUUGUUCUCGGUUUCGCGCGUGAUUAGUUGUUGUUGUCGUUGUUGCUGGAGACCCGGUUUCUUUUUGAAUGUUGCAAAUGCAAGGGAGUUUUUUCCGAAAGUCCCCAUCCUGUUUUUGAAACGAAACCCCAACCGCCGCCGCCCAACCAACCCAUCAAACCCGAAAGAUGCUGCAGGAAGUGUGAUGUCAGCACUCUGGCCCCGCGGCAACAGCAAGUUCUACUAUCGCCAGCAGAAAAGCAAAUAUCCCCCUGCAACACCAUCGACGGCAGCCCUGUAGCAACGCUCCAAAGAUGUUGCACUUGCACUUGGUGCUGCUGCCGCUGCUGCUGCUCAACACAUGCUUGCAACGACACAUCCUCCAGCCGGCGGAAGCGACAGCGUUCCAAAAGCCAAAAGCACACACCGCCGACUUUGCAACCGUCCUCGACGAGUUCUCAACUCACUCUGUGAUACGACCGCAGGUGGAACAUGGACGCACAAAGCGCAGCCUGCUCACCACCCUGGAUGCCACCGACGGCCUUCACACGCCUCACAUCAGCCUGAGGUACACCCACGAGGGCAAACGAGUCACCAUCGACCUGCAGCGCAACGAUCGCCUGCUGCCGGACUCCCACUUCCUGCGAUACCAGAAUGCCAGCCGAGGAGCCACUCCCGGCCAUGUGGUUCGCAACUUCACCAAGACUGAGGUUGAUUUAUGCCACUAUCAGGGACACAUUCGUGGUCAACCUGAUUCCGUGGUAGCCCUCUCCACCUGUGGUGGUGCUCUGGAUGGCAUCGUUUUCGAUGGCAGCCAAACGUACUUUAUUCAUCCCCAUGUCGAUGGUAAGGGAAGACUUCGGGAUGACCAUUAUCUGUUCAGACAGGCGGACAUGCAUCCAACGAACGCCACCUGUGGCUACGAUAGCCACAGGGACGACCACAACCACGACCACGAAAAGGCUGAGGAGGAUAAUGGACUCGGAGGAGGAGGGAUUCCCUCACUGCCACUCCGCCUUGAUGGCGGGGAAUUCCAGAGAACCCUGCUCCGGAAGAGGCGUCAGACGGACGAUAGCAGUCAAUUGAUCCGGGGUCCGUACAACGCCAACAAGUAUUCCAGCUACGUGGAGCUGGUCAUCGUCGUAGACAACAAGGUGUACAAGGCGUUCCAGGAGAGUGCUAAGAAGGUGCACCAGCACUGCAAAAACCUGGCCAACAUUAUCAAUGCUCUCUAUGUGCCCCUGAACAUAUAUGUGGCUCUGGUGGGCGUCGUGAUCUGGAAUGAGGCCAACGAGAUCGAGUUCUCCAAGGACGGCGACGUGACGCUGCGCAACUUUCUGAACUACCGGAAGAACAAACUGGUGGUGGACCACCCCAACGACAAUGCCCAGCUGCUGACCAAGGAGGUCUUCGAGGGCGGCGUUGUGGGCAAGGCGCUGAAGGGUCCAAUCUGCACAUAUGAGUACUCCGGGGGAGUGAGCAUGCAGCACAGCCCCAACACGGCGGUGGUGGCCACCACCAUGGCCCACGAGAUGGGCCACAACUUUGGCAUGGAGCACGAUACGCCCGAGUGCCAUUGCAAGGAUGAGAAGUGCGUGAUGGCCGCCUCGAGUACCUCCUUUAUCCCGGUGAACUGGAGCAGCUGCAGCAUCGAUCAGCUCACGAUAGCCUUCUCGCGCGGCAUGAACUACUGCCUGAGGAACAAGCCAGAAAAGCUCUUCGAAUCGCCCACCUGUGGCAAUGGUUUCCUAGAGCCGGGGGAGCAGUGCGACUGCGGAUUGCCGGAGCACUGUGAGAAUGCCUGCUGCAAUGCCCAGACCUGCAUGCUGCACGCGAAUGCCUCCUGUGCCACCGGCGAGUGCUGCGACCUGACCACCUGUCGUCCCAAACUGGCGGGCAGUGCCUGUCGAGAGGCGGAAAACGAGUGCGAUUUGCCGGAGUACUGCACGGGGGAGUCCGAGUACUGCCCCGCCGAUGUCUUCCGGCGGGACACGGAGCCCUGUGAUGGCGGUCAGGCCUACUGUUUCCACGGCUCCUGUCGCUCGCAUUCCAAGCAGUGCCGGAUUCUGUGGGGACCCACGGGCGAUAACUCAGAGCACUGCUACAGCAAAAACAUGGAGGGCACCCGGUACGGGAACUGCGGCUACAAUCGCCUGAACAGCACCUUCUUGCGAUGCGAGCAGCAGCAUGUAAAGUGUGGAAUGCUGUACUGCAUCCACUUGAACGAACGACUCGAAUUUGGCAUGGAGUCGGCAGCUGUACUGUCGCACUCCUACAUCAGUCACGAGCGCAAGAUCGUGGCCUGUCGCACCGCCUUGGUGGAUCUGGGCCUGCAGACCACUGAUCCCGGCCUGACGCCCAACGGGGCCAAGUGCGGCGAGGACAAGAUGUGCGUGGAUCAGCGAUGCCUGCCAGUUUCGGCGGUGCGGCAGAAGGGCAUGGGUACUCCGUGCCCGGAGGAUUGCAAUGGCAAUGGUAUCUGCAAUAGUCGAGGCCACUGCCACUGCGAUGUGGGCUUUGGCGGCGAGUCGUGCUCGAGGGACGGAUCCGGAGGCUCUCCGGACAGUGGACCAGCCACAGAUCCAAAUGGAUCUCUGGGCCUCAAGAAGUUCCUGUAUGUGCUGUUCUUCUUCGUGCUCCCCAUGGUGGCCACCUUCUACGCAUUGUUUUAUUGCUACAAGAACGGAUUAUUUGCGCGCGGAAAGCUGGCGGACCAUAUCUUGAAAUCCUCUGGAGGAAGCAAACCCAUCACCACGAGGACCACUCAAAAUGGCAGUGGUCCACCGCCUGGUAAUGGAUUACUGAAAUCCACUCCCAGCAGUACGGAUGAUAUGGACUCGGCGCUCUUGAAGUCCCCAAGUGACUCCACCACACCCACCACUGGAUUGUUUGGCAAAUUCGAUGGUUUCACUCUGCGACCCCUGAACGAUGCAUCCUCACCGGCGAGUAACUACAGUGGACCGAAUGUGGCCUUUGUGCAGCCCACGGUGCAGCAGGAUGGACCACAGAGGAUGGCACCGCCACCGCCGGUGGUGAAGCCCGCCACUUCACCUGCUCACCCUGCGUCGCCGAAACCCGAAGCCACUUGGGUGAGACCAGCGCCUGCUCUGCCGCCGCCCAAUCCUGGCUCAACGGCACGUCCCAUCAUCUCGCCACCCAAGUUGGACUCCAGUACAUUAACCAUGGUGCCGCUCAAGGGCAGUACAGAGGAUCUUUCACCCACUCGAUCCGCUCCUGCUCCACCAGUUCCCCUGCACUCCGAUCCCAAGCUGAAUAUUAAACGAGAUGGCACCAUACGCCGAUUUGCAUCGUUCUUGAAAAAGGAGGAGAAGCCGCCGCUAAAAGAGAAGACUUACAUCGAUCGGGAGCGGUUACGAACUCUGGAAAUCUCCGGUCCCAUGCCUGUGCCCGCUGCUCCCCAAACAGAGUCCUCCAACUCGGAUUCAGAGACCACGCCCCGCGAGGAGGAGACCCAGAAUCUGGUGAAGCGCGCCCAAUCUAUGCGAUCGCCAACGAAAAAGACACCGCUGCAGAGCUUUGGAUCUAUGCGUUCACCUCCGGGACUGCCCCGGCCCAAGAGUGGCCAGGUCAACAGCAGUGGCAGCUCGAGGCCCAAGUCGCCACCUCCAAGGCCACCACCCGUGGUGGUAAAGAAAACAAACUCCAUAGGCUCCUCGGGCUAUCAGAGGCCAGUGGCCACUGCCCAGAGAUCGGUGGAGAAUACGUACGACGACUGCGAGUAUGUGGAGAACGGAGUGCGGGCCUCCAACGAUGACAUAUACUCGGUGAUCGAUGAGAUUCCACCGGCGGCACAGACCCUCAAGCGGAGCGAUUUGGUGGCCAACAGGGCCAGUAAUGGCAGCGAUAUGGGAUUGCUGAACGAGAUAGUCAAUGAACUGGAGAAGAUCAACGGGGAUUCCAUAUAUUCAGGGAAGCCCGUAGCUGGAGUAGCCGCAGUAGCCGCAGCACCUGCAGCAACAGCUCCACCUCCUGCAGAUCCCCCCCGAAGUCCCCAGCGACCUGCUCCGCCCAAGCCGGCGACCAGUGUGCUGGAGGAAAAGGCAGCAAAUGCAUCUGCCACUCCAUCUGCAUCAACCAGCACAUAUCAUCGCCCGCCGUCAGUGAAUGCUCCCGUGGCUCGGGUAAAGCCCACAGUGUCGGACAAGUCCCAGCCGCAGAUGCAGCCCAGCAUGUCCAGCUUCAAGCCGCCGGCAGGAACCGGCGGUCAGUCGCAGCCAGCACCUGUGGUCCAACUGGCCAAACGGAGCAGCAGCGGGAGCCUCAGCGGAGGCGCCAUCGCCAACCGUCCCAAAUCCUUCAUGAAGAGCACAACGAAAGCACUGCCCAAUGGGACGGCGGGAGCGGCGGCCACUGCCCCCUCGGCCACCAUUCAGAAGCCCAAGCCGCUGUCGGCGAAGCCAUCAUUUAGCGGCGGAGGAGCGGGCGGAGCCCUGGGCAAGCGGGCCAAUGGCGGAGCGGCGCCCACGCCACCUACUGUAAAGGCGGCGGCGCCAAAGUCCAACAUUGCAUCGCUGACACAGCGAUUCGAGCAGAGCAAGUAGACUAAGUGAAACUACUAUAGGCAGCUAGACCCUGGGCAUAGCGAGAAAUAUUUAUUGAAACAAGAAAUAUGAGAGGGGUCGAUGGAUAUUUAAGAACUGAUUGUUACCCUUACUGAUUUUGUAUAGUUUAAAGCUAUUCCUUAAAAGUUCAUGUUUGUAUUAGUAUAGUUGCGUUCGCUUAAUAUUUAUGUACCACAAAAUAAGCAAGGAAUUAUUCUAGACGUGUAAACAAAUUGCUUUCCGAUUUCUAAAAACUCUCCUAUGCCCUCGUGCAAAAAAUAAGAUACAAUUUGUAGGUUACUUUCUAUCUAUAUCUGCCACUAUGUGAUUCUUGGCUAUGCUCUUGGGUCUGUAUAAAUCUAAAUGCCCACCCUGCGUGGAAUUGACUUAAGGUUUAGUUAAGAUACGAUCAAAUUUUAUUUGGCACUGACUAUGACUGCGACUGCGUCGUCUUUGAUAUUCAUUCCUUUAUCGAUGUCCCACUAAGAUUAGACGUAAGGCGUUGCUUAACUCAUGUGCUAGGAAUGUAUCUCAAUGGUUAAUGUUUAAGCGCUGCAUGUGAAGUUUUAUUUUAGCCCCUAACGAUAGCCGCGUACUUGUAUCUGUAUCUAUACUCUACUAUUUAUGUAUAUGUUUAUACGCAAUAUGCUUUUGUAAAUAAAAACCAAAGAAGUUCAAUUGUCACAACAAA